UGCUAGACUAGAGGGUGGAUUGUGGAGAGUAAAACAUCAACAAGAAUCAACCCAUUACCCAAACUCGCAGAAUAUCUCAGUUUCGAAAAGAUGACAUCUCUAUACCUUCUCCCUCCAAUCUCAUCUCUCUCAUACUCAAAUCACACCUCCACAAAUCCCCCCAAUUCCACCAAAAACCCUAAUUUUAUCUUCUUCAAUCUCCACCGAAUCUCAAAAUCCCUUCAAUCCAGCAAAACCCAUUUCAAUUCUCACCUCAAAACCCCCAAUUCUCUCUCCUCCAAUUCACUAAAACCCUUGAAAAGUCUCAUUUGCAAGAGUCUCAAAGAUGACACCAAAACAGUUGUUCCGCCGAAGAGCGGCGGCGGAGAUGGCGGUGAAGGUGGCGGAGAUGGUGAUGGAGAUGACGGAAAAAUGGAGGAUUCAUCUAAUUUGUUGCCUGAAUGGUUGAAUUUCACUUCUGAUGAUGCGAAAACUGUUUUUGCUGCAAUUGCGAUUUCUUUUGCGUUUAGGUCGUUUGUUGCUGAGCCUAGAUACAUACCUUCUUUGUCUAUGUUUCCUACAUUUGAUGUUGGGGAUCGUCUUGUAGCUGAAAAGGUGACAUACUAUUUUCGGAAGCCUUGUCCAAAUGAUAUCGUAAUUUUUAAGAGCCCGCCAGUUCUUCAAGAUAUGGGCUACACUGAUGAUGAUGUUUUCAUAAAACGAAUUGUUGCAAAGGCUGGUGAUACUGUGGAGGUGCGAGAUGGGAAAUUGAUUGUAAAUGGAGUUCUAAGGGAUGAAGCUUUCAUUUAUGAAUCUCCUUCUUACAACAUGACUCUAAUACGUGUGCCAGAGAACUCAGUUUUUGUGAUGGGUGAUAACCGCAAUAACAGCUACGACUCCCAUGUGUGGGGUCCCCUCCCAGCCAAGAAUAUUAUCGGAAGAUCACUCUUUCGGUAUUGGCCUCCUAACAGGAUUGGGAGUACAGUUUUACCACAGGGCUGUGCUGUUGAAAAGCAGGAGAGCCCUUCGCCAUCAUCAUAGAAUAUACAAAUGAAUACAUUCUUUACAAGCCAAAACUAUGAAGGGUGCCGCAAUUCCGUCUCGCUAUUGUAUCAUCCACCCUCCGUCGUCCCCAAGCAAGGCAGUAUUUUUGACAGUUUUGUAUGGGGUAGAGGUAGAAUAGGUUAUUAGCCAAUAGCCACGCGUUUGAGGCCUUGCAUAUGAACUGUCAGAUGAUGAUAGUUUCGAUCAAUGACUCUGCAAUCAAUACUUGUCAUGAAUUCUUUCGCAGAGUUUGUUAGAGCAGUUUGGCUCGGAGUAAUUGUUGUUACAUUCAUUCUUUCACUCGCUUGUGUACAAUGUUGCAGUUUUCUGUAAAAUGGUGUAGUAUUCUGAGUCAAAUAAUCAUGGCAUUUAUAGUUUCUUGCUACUACAAGUUGGUAAAACACACUUGUUGUUACCUUUA